GAGGACCAGCUCCGAGGACGACCACGCGGGUGUAUCUCCGGCGCGAUGCCGGACCGCCGCCGCCGCCGACUCUGCUGACGUCAGCCGCCGCCCGGGGGGUGGCGGGGGGACGACGCCCGCCCCCGGACAUGAGGACGCCGAGCGCCUUCGUCAUCCUCGCCGGGACCUGCCUGGUGCUCAGCCUCGCAGGUGCGGAGGCCCUCCUGGUGAACGUGCUAGACGUGCGGUACUGGCGAUGCGUGUUCAAGAAGACGUCGCAGUGCCCCGACGACGACAUCAAGUUCUUCCUUUACACAAGGAACAGCAUGUACAGGGAAAUGGUUGACGUGGCGAGACCCGCCUCCCUCAAGUACAGCAGCUGGGACCCGGACCACAAAAAUGUGAUAAUUAUACACGGCUUCAACGGCACCGAGAGCAAAGUGCCAAUGACUUUCAUCCGCAAUGCGUACCUGGUGCACGGCGGCUACAACGUGUUCACGGUGGAAUGGGCGUCGCUGACCCGGUUCCCCUGCUACCUGUCGGCGCUCAGCAACACCAAGCUGGUGGCCCAGUGCUCGGCGCAGCUCUACUCCUUCCUCACGGCGCACGGCGCCCUGGCGACCAAGAUACACUGCGUGGGGCACAGCCUGGGCGCGCACAUCUGCGGCAUGAUGAGCGGCUACCUCUCCCACAAGCAGCACAAGAUCAUAGGGCUGGACCCGGCGCGGCCGCUCGUCAGGCGCUACGGCUCCGAGGAGUUCCGGCUGACGCGCGACGACGCGCACGUGGUGCAGGUGAUCCACACGAACGCCGGCGCGCUGGGCGAGGUGUCGCAGGUCGGCCACGUGGACUUCUGCGUCAACGGCGGCCGCUUCCAGCCCGGCUGCAGGGGCCACCGCCUGCGUCGGGCGCGCUGCAGCCACUUCCAGAGCGCGUGCUACUUCGCGCAGACGGUGAUGCCCGACAGGAGGUUCCUGGGAGUGCCCUGCUCCGCCGGCUGCCCUGCUACAGGCCGCUCCGUGGGGCGCCUGCCCGGCCGCGCCAUGCCCAUGGGCGAGGACACCCCUGACGGCGCCUCCGGCAUGUACUGCGUGACCAUCAGGCACAACAACGACUGCCCGUUCGACUAGCGGGCGUCGUCCACUCUCGAGUUCCUCCGGCGCUCCGUCUCUGCCACGGACGUCAGCGGCAGGCUCCUAUCUGCAGUCGACCGGGCCGGUCCCAGUAACGACGCCCCGAGUGACAAAAACAACGUUUAUCAGUAUUAUUGUCGUGUCGACGGCAGUGGCGGGUCCAGAGGUUCACCUUGGAGGGGGGCACUCUAGGAUUUCAGAACAGCCAGAGAAAAAAAAAAUGUCUUAAAAUUACUAAAUUUGUAUUUAAUCUACUCAAACUACACAUAUAACAUCCAAACACCAGAUUUUCUGAUUCUACAAGAAAUUCAUUAGUUAUAUUAAAAUAUUUUAUUGGGUUCCAUAAACAAUCAUUUUUGUCGGCAAUAUUAAUGUAGCAGACAACUGGUUUUUCGGGGGAGUGGGGGGGGGGGGUGCACUAGCCCCUGGUGACCCCCCUUUGUAUCCGCCACUGGUCGACGGUGAACCAACCACACAGCAUCAAGAUCUAUUCCGUGAGUGACAUGUUAAUAAAACAACGGGACUACUACCUCGAUGAGAAGAAAGAUGGAAUUCAAUUACGACGGGUACUUGAACAUUAGUGCUUUUGUGUAAUUGUUUCUUACUCAAGUGUCCAAAGAUUCGUGUUCAAUGUUUUGUGUACAGUUUUUUUUUGUGAGUUCUUUAAUCUAGUUAUUUGGGUUCGAUAGAACAUUAAUUUUUUUAAUCUAUACCUCAUGAAAUUUGUUGAGUUUUUAAUGUUUUGUGGUUAAAUUUUACAGAAA